CACCAUCUCUGUUUGAUUUCUCCAACCAGGAUGGAUCUUUCUGAGGGGAAUGUGUACGAGAACCCAGAGCCGGCCUACCGGGACCAGUCGUCAGGUGAAUAUGAAUUGCCCUACGAGGCCCCAUACGAAGAUCUUUCGCAUCUGACUCCUGAGUAUGAAAACACCAAAGUGGCCUCAAGAAGAAUACCAGCUCCUCCUUCGAUCCCGGCGCCUGAGCCUCCCGCAGAGGGGAGGCGAGGGAGCACGUCCUCUUCCUCAUCCUCCUCAUCGUCUUCUUCUUCUUCUCAUGAGAAAGAAGAGGAGAAAGUGGAGCUGGCGAGUUCCAGUGGGGAGGAGGAGGUAGAGGAAGAAAAAGUAGAAAAAGAGGAAGAAGAGGAGAACACACAGGUAGAGCCGUUGAAUGAGUUAAACUGGGAGAUGGAGGUGGACAAAUCACGCAGAUCCUCAUCCUCAUCAUCAUCUUCAUCAGCCUCUGAGAAGGAAACAGCUAAGGAGAAGCCAGUGCCUGACAAAGAUGGACCAAAGGUCGUACUCUUUGUUAAGGCUGGGAGUGAUGGCGAGAGCAUUGGAAACUGUCCUUUCUCCCAGCGCCUCUUCAUGAUCCUGUGGUUGAAAGGUGUUGUCUUCAACGUCACCACUGUUGACCUAAAGAGGAAACCAGCUGAUCUUCACAACCUGGCUCCUGGGACACACCCGCCCUUCCUCACUUUCGAAGGGGAAGUUUACUCUGAUGUCAACAAAAUAGAGGAAUUCCUGGAGGGAAAGCUGGCUCCACCGAAGUACCCCAAACUUGCAGCAAAGAAUCGUGAAUCCAACACAGCAGGAAAUGACAUAUUUGCCAGAUUUUCAGCUUUUGUCAAAAACACAAAACCGGAUAAAAAUCGAGCUUUAGAGGCCAAUCUAAACAAGGCCCUGGCUAAGCUGGACGAGUACCUGAUUAGUCCUCUCCCUGAUGAGGCAGAUGAGGGAGAAUCCACCCGCAAGUUCCUGGACGGAAAUGAACUGACACUUGCUGACUGCAACCUUCUACCAAAGCUUCAUGUCGUUAAGGUGGUUGCAAAGAAAUACAGAAACUAUGAGAUCCCGUCAGAGUUCAAAGGUUUGUGGCGGUACCUCGGAAAUGCUUACAAACAGGACGAAUUCAUCAACACCUGUGCAGCUGAUGUGGAAAUCGAGCUAGCCUAUAAGGAUGUCGCCAGGAGGCUGGGGAAAUGAAUGCAUCACAAGCACCCAAGAACCUUUUUAUCUUUUAUUGAGAAAUUUCUAAUAAAUCGCUUCUUUUUUUGAAAACCAUUACAUACACUUUUGGCACAGUGUGUGUCACUUGUAAUAGUAAUAUAGUAAAUAUGUUUAACUGUAGCACACUGGUGUGAUGUUUCAGAGAAGGUGCUAAAAAUCAUGAAUAGUGUUUGUAAUGGUACUGUGUAGCAGCAGAUGUCUGACGCAUCAAACGAUGCUUGCAAACUAAAGAGGCUGAAAAUAGUUUCAUAAUGAUUACAUUACAAUCAUUUUUCAAAAAAGAUUCAAUGAGGAAAAAUGUAUGAAGUUUGCAGCUCAGUGUUUAGUAUAGUAAAUCCCUGCCUUAAGCAACAACUGUCCAGUCAUCGGUGAUUAAUGAACUGACAGCAGGUGAACUAAGUAAAAUUGCCUGGGGAGUGUAGUUCACACUACAUUCAAACACAAUGAUCAAAGCGAAAAUUUACAAGUAGGAAAAAACUGUAGCAUUAAAAUCAAAUGCCAGCAAAAAAAAUUUAAAAAAGAAAGACAAACAAACAAAAACAUUCCGUUAAAUUUAGCGCAAAUGAAAAAAAACAAAUCCCUUUUUGUUUACAGGUCAUGCAAAUAUAACACACCCUACUAUUCGUAGUCAAGUGCAAGGAAGGACUGCUUUGCUUUGUACAGAUAGUUUUGUGGUGGUAUUGUACCAAGCAACAUUACAUCAUUAGCCUCUAGAAACAUUAUGUGUUAAUAAACACUAAUAAUUAAAUAAGUAGCAAUAGCUGACACCUCGCAUACUCAAUUUUACUUUUACAACUUCAUAUUAAACAUAUUAAAAACUACCGAUAGGCAGAUAGUUUCACAGCUGGGAAACCUUUUAAAUCACAAAACCGUCCCAGUAUUCUUUUAUGGUUUACAUGGGUCAGAUUCUCUGCAUAUAUUGGUCAUUCUUUUAGCCUUUCUUGGGUAAAUAAACAAAUAAUAAUAAAAUAAUAAUAAUAGAAUAAUAAAAAAAAAUAAAGAAACUGUUGUAUUUGUUGUUUUUUGCUUUAACUUUUGCCAAGUUAGCCUUAAUUUGCUAAUUGGCUAGCUUUUUCUUCAAGGCUCAUAGACAGGGGCGCCUCCGAGAGGGGGCCACUGA